AGUCCGAGCAUAAAUGAUAGCCUCCCCCUCGCCUUUUUCAACAACAUAAUAAGGAAUAUCUAGACACACUUCUUGGCGAUCAGAAUUUCAUUAUAGCUUUAAGCAUGUAUCAAGAGUCAACAGGAGUAGAGGAUGCAGAGUACCACAUUAUGUAUGACCAUUAUGAUCACAUGAAGCUCCCUCAAGAUGCUACGGCAACACUAAAGCUAGCAACUGAAACUCUGUCCAGCACAGAUUCACUCACCACUGUAACACUAUCGGGAGGUGAAGGUCUUGUAGCACCUGCAUUGGCCAAUAAUUCCCAUCCUGCCACAAAUGCCCUCACAACCACAUCAUUUUCUGGAGGAGUGAGACUGACCGCUCCAUCUCUGUCAACCAAUGGCAGCUUGGCUAUCACAUCACUCACUAGUGCAGCAGCCACAAGUACUAUUCCUACCACAUCCACUCCAACAGAUAAUUUUGCAAGAUCUACUAUUGCAAAUAGUGACACCAUCACUGCUGCUACUAUACCUACUGUAGAUACAAAUACACAUAACCAAGUCUCUCCAAUGAACAUGAAUCAGAUUGUGACAACCUCUGGGGAUGGUGUGAUUGAUGGAAACCUAGUUACAUCAUCUUCAAUAGAUGCAGUUGUAACAACAAUGGUGGCACCUUCAGAUUGUCCAAAUGUGGCCAGUAACUGCAGAAAAGUACCACAGGUGAUUGUAAAACUUCUAAGUGAUGAUUCUCUAAGUUUAGACAUGGUUCGUAUUAUUGCAGAGCAGGAAACUGAUAACACAUCACAUAAUGCUCAUGGUUUCAACAUGCUCACAAGAACAGGAACAUUAGUUCAUACAAAAUUAUCUGAGAGUAGCAUCAUCAAUGCUGUUGCACCCAACCAGUAUCGCCAGACAGAAGUUAUCAGGCCUACUAUCAGAGAUGAAGGAGAAGUCAGCCCAGAAUGCAGUGUAGUUUGGACUUGCGCCUACUGCAGCCUAGCAUUCUCAAGUUCUGAAGCAGUGGGGCAACACCAAGAAAAAGACUGCACAGAAAACCCAAACAAUGUUGUAUUUGCAACCACAACAUCUCAGUCUACUGUUGAUGCCCUGAUGUCUCCUUUGAGAGAAUCAGAAGAUCCAUCUUAUGAUCUGAAAUUAGAGCGGGGAGAUUCACAGCCAGAUGACAGUAUGAAAGAGGCUCAAGAUGCACAGAAAGUUCAAGAAAAGAACGUUGAAUCACCUGACUGUGAAACUACUUGGAACUGUGCUGUGUGUGGCAGUGAAUUCACAGAUCCCAAGGAACUAAAUCAGCAUCAUAUGACUCAUUCAGUUCAGGAGCUUUCUUCAGCAUUAUUUAAAUUCACAACCCCACAUCAAAAAGCCAAGAAGAGCACAAGAGCCAAAUCACCAGUCACUGUAAAGUCAGUCUUUAAUUCAUCCUUGCAAAAUGAUAGUACCAAGGUUAGGUGGAAUAAGGAUGUGGCUGAUACAAAGCUGGAGGAAGAAAUGGCUGACAACCCGGGAGACACUCCUCCACAAACCCCGCCGCUGGAAGUCACUGUGAAGAAACGGAAGCGAAAGCCGGGCCCCAAAGCAAAACCACGUGAAAAGAGUGAGAAAAGGAAAUAUGUCAGGAAACUUGGAAGUGAUGGGAAGCCAAUUCGUCAGCGUGAAUAUAAAGUUCCCCCAGCUGGACAUGGUAGUCGUGAUCCUCAUACUUGUUACAUUUGCAGUAAAGUCUUAAGCUCGAGGGGAAAUUUAGCCAAACAUUUAGUUUUACAUAAUCUAGACAAACCUUGGGUAUGCAAUUUAUGUGGAAUAGGUUUUAAUGCAAAACGAGAUCAUAAACAUCAUUAUUUACAACACCAUACAAACGAAAGGCCAAACAUCUGCAAAGUUUGCGGGAAGGGCUAUGUUGAUAGCAGCUCUGUUCAUCAUAGUGAUAAAAAGUCUUCAGCCAAACAACAAAAAGAACAGCAGCUGCAGCAGCAGGCAUCACAGCAGCAUAUUGAUCAAGGAAAUCACCCUGUUAAAUCCAAAGACAUUACAGAAUUCUUGUUGCCCAGUGGAACCCCAGCCCACAUCCUCCCAGAUCAGUUGUUGCCGACUGACUUGGAAUCUGCUAGUCUGAGUGGAUCUGUGACCACAAAAGAUGGUAUUUUUAUCAGCAGUGAUCCUUUAGCAAUACCAGCUCUUAUCCCGAUCAGAGGAACAGGAGAAAAUGGUCAGGGGGACCAGGUGUGA